AUGACCAAAACUAUUGUCAUUCUAGGCGCCGGCCUUGCUGGGCUGCCUGUCGCCCACUACCUACUCUCCCGAACUGCAGCCACGCAUAAAGAUAUUCGUAUCGUUCUUGUCAACCCCAGUGAUACCUUUUACUGGAAUCUUGCCUCUCCGCGGAUCGUGCUACCCGGACAGCUGGUGGAAGACAAGUACAUGUGGUCCAUUCCAGAACUAUUCGCAAAGUAUCCAGUCGAUAAGUUUGAGUUUGUGGCCGGAAAAGCUGAGACUCUCUCACCCGAGGACAACUCCGUUGUUGUGCGCCUAGCCGACGGCUCGAGUCGAACUAUUGCCUAUCACACCGUCAUCGUGGCUACGGGUGCCGACGCCAGGGACAAUAUGCCGUGGAAGCCCCUGAGCAGCAGCACCGAGACGCGCGAGGCCAUUGCCAAAUUGCAGGGAGCCAUCGAGAAAGCAAAGUCUAUCGUCGUGGCAGGCGGUGGUGUGACCGGUGUCGAGUUGGCUGGAGAACUUGGAGCUGCGUAUUCAAAGUCGGGACUCAAGGAGGUGACGCUCAUUGUGUCUGAUGCCCUCCCACUCGAACGCCGCAUCAUGAGGCGGACGCGAGAGUCCGCCCUGCGCCAACUCACGGGUCUCGGCGUCAAGGUCUUGGUCGAGUCUAGGGUCAUUGCCGUUUUGCCGGGCCAAGGCUCCAAGCAGACGCUGGAAAUCUCCAAGCAGGCCGGGACCAAGACGACCAUCGAGACCGACCUGUUUGUCCCGACAUAUGGCGUCAUCACCAACACGCAAUUCGCGCCAGCCUCCAUGAAGGACGCCGAGGGCCGUCUCGCCCAGGACUCCCGGUUGCGGGCCCCCGGCUACGACAAUGUGUUUGUGCUCGGCGACGCGGGUAAUCUGCAGCCCAUGCAGGGCGUCAACGUGGAAGGGCAGCUGCGGCACCUGACCAAGCAGUUUGACGCCUAUCUUCGCGGCGCCGCCAUGGACGAGUACAAGUUUGACAGCAACAAGAUCAUGAUGGGAGUCUCGGUCGGUCCCAGCGGCGGCACCGGACAGUUUGGAUCCAUGAAGCCCUUUAGCUUCCUCGUCGGCAUGAUGCGCAAGCAGCUGGGUACCAACUACUCAAAGGAUUAUGCUGCUGGGGUGCGCACUCUGUUUGGCAAGUGGUAG